CUCCCUUUGAUUCGUAAUCUUAAUUGUGGAGUUUUUUUUGUAGGGUACUUUAACAUUAUACAUUGUAAUUUUGUGAGGAAAUGACUAGUGUUCAGUGUUAUUGUUUCUUUAUUCUUAAAAAAAAUUCUUGUGUUGGAUAGAUUAUUGAGAGUGCCUUCUUGUGUGCUGAAUAUUUUCCCUUUAGAUUUAGUUCAGAAAGCCAGUGUUAAAACCAGGAGAUAAAUUAUUUAUAAUUGGGGAAAGAUUAAUAUAAAUUGUGGAUAUAUAUAUUACACCUGUAUGUAGAUGGAUGCCAUAGAUGUGAAAGGCAACACAAAAAUGCCAGGGGAAAACCAUGAAAGACCAUCUACAAAUUCCAGCCCACCAUCAAACAGCGUAUACCAAAACACAGCCAGCAAACCGCCAGAGCCUGGUGGACAGAGGCUCGGACCCGGUCCCACCACAGUUCCCACACAGAUCCCACAACCUGGCGGUGGUGGGCUCAAUUUUCAAUCUCCAACAGAUGCCAAACCGCUCAGUCCUGGUUGGAGUGCUGCGAUAGCAGCCGCACAAGGAGCUGCAAACAUGACGCGUAAACGACAAAACAGAAAGCAACAAAAUCAAAAUGUCCGCCCUGUGCGGGCACUAUGUUGUCUCAGCCUUACAAAUCCAAUACGCAAAUUGUGUAUACGGGUAGUGGAAUGGAAGCCUUUUGAAUACCUGAUUCUAGUGACUAUAUUUGCCAACUGUAUAGCCCUAGCGGUUUAUACCCCAUAUCCUGCAUCUGACACCAACGAAGUCAACAAGGCGCUUGAGCACAUAGAGUAUAUAUUUCUUGUGAUAUUUACGGUGGAGUGUGGUAUGAAGAUUAUAGCCUAUGGUUUUAUACUUCAUUCUGGUGCUUACCUCCGCAAUGGCUGGAACAUUCUAGAUUUUAUCAUUGUAGUAAUAGGGUUAAUUAGUACAAUUUUAUCGUCUACUUUACGGGAUGAUGUUUUUGAUGUUAAAGCCCUUAGAGCGUUUAGGGUGUUACGACCCUUGCGGCUUGUUUCAAGGGCACCAAGUUUACAAGUUGUACUCAACUCUAUAUUGCGUGCAAUGGUGCCUUUAUUACACAUUGCCCUUCUUGUCAUCUUUGUAAUCAUCAUCUAUGCUAUAGUCGGUCUAGAACUCUUCUCAGGGAAAUUACACGAUACAUGCUUUAUCAAUGGAACUGAUAAAUUUGCUAGUGAUAGCCCGUCGCCCUGUUCAAAUACGUCGGGAAAAGGUUAUCAGUGCAAUGCAGAAGAAGGACAUAUUUGCAGAAAGGGCUGGGACGGCCCAAAUGAUGGAAUCUCAAAUUUUGACAAUUUUGGACUUGCUAUGUUAACAGUGUUCCAGUGUAUAACAAUGGAGGGGUGGACUGAUGUCUUAUAUAGUAUAAAUGAUGCAAUGGGUAAUGAGUGGCCUUGGAUAUACUUUGCCAGUCUGAUUAUCUUGGGAUCAUUCUUUGUUCUUAACCUUGUUCUUGGUGUCCUCAGUGGUGAAUUUUCUAAAGAAAGGGAAAAAGCCAAAGCUCGCGGAGACUUUCAAAAGUUACGAGAAAAGCAGCAACUUGAGGAAGAUAUACGAGGGUAUCUAGACUGGAUCACACAAGCAGAGGUUAUGGACCCUGAUAAUGAAGAAGGCGAGGAAACAGAAAAAGGUCGACACACAAAAGUAACUAGUGAAACAGACUCUUCAGAUAAAACUGAAGAUGGCAUUGAUGUGGACGAGGUACAACAAACUUGGUGGCAUAGAAAAAGUCGUAGAUUACGGAAAUUAAAUCGUCGAUGUCGCAGAGCGUGUAGAAGAUUUGUUAAAAGCACGCCAUUUUAUUGGACUGUUAUUGUGAUGGUGUUUCUGAAUACUUGUGUCUUAACCUCAGAGCAUUAUGAACAACCGGAUUGGUUGGACGAAUUUCAAGAAUGGGCCAACAUAUUUUUUGUGAUUUUAUUCACGUUGGAGAUGUUGUUAAAGAUGUACAGUCUAGGAUUUCAAGGCUAUUUUGUGUCCUUGUUUAAUCGCUUUGACAGUUUUGUUGUGCUAUGCAGUAUUAUAGAAGUGAUAUUAAUACGGACAGAUUUAAUGCCACCUUUAGGUGUUAGCGUUCUAAGGUGUGCUCGCUUGUUACGUGUUUUUAAAGCUACACGGUAUUGGUCAUCUCUGCGAAACCUUGUGGCGUCGUUACUCAACAGUAUGCGUUCUAUUGCCAGUUUGUUGUUACUCCUCUUCUUGUUUAUUGUGAUCUUUGCCUUGCUUGGUAUGCAGUUGUUUGGCGGGAAAUUUAAUUUUCCAGACGGCAAACCUCGUAGCAACUUCGAUACCUUUUACCAGUCACUGCUCACUGUCUUCCAGAUUCUGACUGGUGAAGACUGGAAUGCUGCAAUGUAUGAUGGUAUAAGAGCGUUUGGCGGAGUUUCUGAUAUGGGCGCAGUAGUCUGGGUGUAUUUUGUUGUCCUUUUUAUCUGUGGUAACUAUAUUCUCCUGAAUGUGUUCUUGGCUAUUGCCGUGGACAAUCUGGCAGAUGCUCAAAGUUUAACCGAGAUUGAGGCAGAAAAGGCGGAGGAAAGGGAGAGAACUAGGUCUAUACGACGCUCCAAAAGUAAAUCACCGGAAAAAGGAGAAGAACAGGGAGAGGAGGACGAGGGCGUGGGUAUGAACGGAGAUGAUAAAGGAGAUGAUGCUGAAUACAGCGCGCAGCUGAGUCGUCAUCCUAGUGACAGAUCAUCAAGAAGUCACCAUGAGCCGAUCGCAGAACAUCAUGUACGUAUAAAUUCCAGAUAUGAUGAUGAUGACGAUGAUGAAGGCAUGUACAGACAUAGUCAGCAUAUACCCAUUGAAGAGGAUGAGUACCAGUCUGAAGAAGAUGAAGAAGAGGAAGGCGAAGAGUUUGAGGACGAUGACGACUCUCAGACUGUGUCCACUGCUCGACCGAGACGCAUGUCCGAGAUUCGUAUCACAAACAAAGUGAAACCUAUACCACCUUUUAGCUCACUCUUUAUAUUUUCUCCAACUAACAAGUUCCGUAAGAUAUGUCAUUCUGUAUGUAACCAUGCGUACUUUGGUAACGUCGUGCUCGGAUGUAUUCUCAUCAGCAGUGGUAUGUUGGCAGCAGAAGAUCCUCUAAACAGUAAAUCUGAUAGGAAUAAAAUUCUGAACUACUUUGAUUAUAUAUUCACCAGUGUGUUCACAGUUGAAAUCAUUGUCAAACUUAUAACAUAUGGAUUGGUGCUUCAUAAAGGAUCAUUUUGUCGUAGUUUCUUCAACAUACUUGAUCUGAUAGUCGUCGGGGUGUCUCUCGUUUCUUUUGUCUUAGAUAACGAAGCUAUCUCGGUAGUGAAGAUUCUUAGGGUGUUGCGUGUGCUCCGACCUCUUCGAGCCAUUAACAGAGCUAAAGGUCUCAAGCAUGUGGUACAAUGUGUGAUUGUAGCUAUACGUACCAUUUACAACAUCAUGUUGGUCAUGUUCCUACUACAGUUCAUGUUCGCGGUAAUCGGUGUGCAGCUGUUCAAAGGAACAUUCUGGUCAUGUUCAGAUACGUCAAAACGCACGAUCGACGAAUGCAAAGGAAAUUACGUGGACUACCCGGACGGAGAUAUCUCUUCACCAGUAAUGGAGGAGAGAAAAUGGGAGAAUAAUCCACUUAAUUUUGAUGAUGUGUCUCAAGCCAUGAUGACUCUAUUCACUGUCUCAACUUUUGAAGGAUGGCCAUUGUUACUUUACAUUUCCAUAGAUUCCAACGAGGAGAGUAAAGGCCCUAUUUAUAACGCUCGCCAACCUGUCGCAAUCUUUUACUUCAUUUUCAUUAUUGUCAUAGCUUUCUUUAUGGUGAACAUCUUCGUAGGUUUUGUCAUCGUCACCUUCCAGAAUGAAGGAGAACAGGAAUAUAAAAACUGUGAACUAGAUAAAAAUCAAAGAAAAUGUAUAGAGUUUGCACUAAAGGCGCGGCCUGUACGUAGAUAUAUACCGAAGGCAAGGUGGCAGUAUAAGAUAUGGUGGUUUGUGACCUCACAGGCGUUUGAGUAUGGUAUCUUUGCUCUAAUUAUGGUCAACACUAUAGCUCUUGCUAUGAAGUAUUACGGCCAGUCAGACACAUAUUCAGAGGCUCUAGAUUACAUGAACAUGUUCUUUACUGGUGUGUUCACGGUGGAAUUCAUCCUCAAACUUACAGCUUUUAGGUUUAAGAACUACUUUGGUGAUCCAUGGAACGUUUUUGAUUUCAUCAUUGUCCUGGGAAGUUUUAUUGAUAUCAUAUAUACUGAGGUCAAUACUGGGUCGAGUAUCAUCAGUAUUAAUUUCUUCCGUUUAUUCCGUGUGAUGAGGCUAGUAAAGUUGCUCAGUCGAGGUGAAGGUAUUAGAACCCUUCUCUGGACCUUUAUCAAGUCUUUCCAGGCCCUGCCAUAUGUAGCAUUGUUGAUCGUUAUGCUGUUCUUCAUCUAUGCAGUAAUUGGCAUGCAGGUUUUUGGUCGCAUUGCAAUUAAUGACGAUACCGCCAUACAUCGCAACAAUAACUUCCAGUCGUUUCCACAAGCCCUGCUCGUUCUGUUUAGAUCAGCCACAGGUGAGGCAUGGCAACAGAUUAUGUUAGCAUGUAUAUAUGACGAGAGUGUGAAGUGUGAUCAAAAGGCAGAGAAUCGUGAUCAGGACUCGUGCGGCAACAACUUUGCCUUCAUCUACUUCAUUACAUUCUAUAUUCUUUGCUCAUUCUUGAUCAUUAACCUGUUCGUAGCUGUUAUCAUGGACAAUUUUGACUACCUGACUCGUGAUUGGUCAAUUCUUGGUCCGCAUCAUCUAGACGAGUUUGUUAGAUUAUGGUCAGAGUAUGACCCGGAGGCAAAAGGCAGAAUCAAACAUCUUGAUGUAGUAACUUUACUUAGGAAGAUUUCACCACCUCUAGGCUUUGGAAAACUUUGUCCUCAUCGUAUAGCCUGUAAGAGAUUAGUUAGUAUGAACAUGCCAUUAAACAGCGAUGGAACUGUGAUGUUUAAUGCCACGCUAUUUGCCCUUGUACGUACAUCUCUAAAGAUUAAAGUCGAGGGCAAUAUAGACCAGGCAAAUUUCCAAAAACUGGAAGUUAGACUAGUCAAUUUAAGAAUUUCAGCAGAUAAAGUGUUAAAGAGGCAGUACCUCGUACUGAUUGUAUUCUCUAUAAUUGACAUUUAUGUUGUAUUUAUUGUAGGGGACGACGAUGUUACAGUUGGUAAAUUCUAUGCAACGUUCCUCAUCCAGGAUUAUUUCCCGUCGCUUUCAAGGGAAAAAAAGGAACAAAUGCACAGAAUUUUCAGAAAGUGACAAGAACAUACAAAUGCAUUUGCGGCUGGUUUGCGAGCAGUGCAUGAUUUGGGUCCUGAGAUACGUCGUGCCAUCUCCGGUAACCUCGGUGAGGAGGAAUUCCCUGAUAAGGAUGUUGAGGAGCCAAUGCAUAGGAGAAAUCACAGUUUGUUUGGCAGUGUUAUGAAUGCCCUGACUGGAACUGUAAAAACAGGCCUACCAUUCACUACUAGGACGCAGUCAUUAUUUAUUAAUCAUGCACAAAACCCACCAAAAGUUUCACCUACAAAUUCAUUCCAUGGCCCGCACUCUAAGCCAUCCCCGAGAAAUUCGGUAUCUGGAAAACUGUCUCCAUCGGAAUCUAGCAAUCAUAUAGGAGAGAAUCGCCUAAACGUAGAUUUAAAUAAUGCUAUAAAUAGAUCACAGUCACCAUUAGCCAAUCCAAUUCUUCCACCAGCACCACCAGCUUUAGAAGAUAAUGUUUCUCGGCGAUCAAGUCGGGCCACUAGUGAAGGAUCAUUCCAUGAUGUUGAGGAAGGAAGUCAGAUUAGUGUGGCUUCUGAAGCCUCGCAGGACCAGUGGGCACACAGAAACUCGACCGGUUACCCACCAAACCAUAUCAAUAAUAUACAAGACUUGAAAAAACAACCCAUUUAUGUAUACAGAGAUUUGCCACAAGAAGACAGUGAUUAUGAAAGAGAGCAUGCCCCACCCACACCCCCACCACGAAAGUUAUCACGCAAAGGCGUGGCUUACCGUCUUGGGUGUAUAGGCAAACAAGGCAGUGACGAGAAUCCACUGAUGCGGAAAGUCGGAGAGCCCCUAAAAUUGACCCAGUCGCAGGCAAUGGCUGUAGCUGGGUUAACAUCUGAUGGCCGCCAGAGAGAAGUGAAUUACCCGAAUGUACAAAGGACACCGAUGUCCUCCCCAAAUAGAGUCAGGUCCUCAUAUAGUCAGCCAGUACAUCCAUUUCUUCGUUUCAACCGUUCCAAAUCAAUCAUUGAAGGUGAGGGUAUAGCAGCCGACAGUUUAUCACGUCAGCGACACAGCGAUACAGUGUUAACAGCAGACGGUAUGCCACAUAGAGAUAGAGGACCGCUAUGUAUACCUUCAGAGAGGCUACAAGAUCAGCACGGGGCUGGUAGUGCGGAAAGUCUCGUGGAACAAGUGAUACAUAGCGAAGGUUUAGGCCAUUUGGUAAAUGUUCAAGCACUGAAGCGUGAAAUAGCAGAAGCAGGGGACAUGACGCAGGAGCAGUUAGAGAUGGCUGCCCGACGUCUGCUACAUGAGCAUCGGUCUGGCAGCUUACAGGGACCUUAUUACGAACAUUUGGGCGGAUAUCGGGCCCACGAAAUGAAAGACUAUAACCAGUAUUCUGCUCAGGAUGACGUUCGACAUAGGCCCGGUUAUCACGAAGACACUGACAAAAGAGACAGUUCUAAAAUGGCCUAUCGUAAGAGUGAACCAGCUUAUCACCAAGGUAACGCUUGAGAAAAGGAAACAUGAAAACCCUGUUAACCAUUCCACGAAGUUUUGACUGCGUGCACAGUCGACGUCGUCGUAACGCUGAAGUAUUUUGUGCUGGACUAGUAGACAACCUCUAAUCCUGGAGUUAAAGUGCGGAGAUGUCCGUUGGCACACGUGACCUUGUUAGUUUUUCACAUGCACGGAAAAUUCUGCGCAGGCGAUCGUAAGAAAAGUUGACAGCUGGAUAUGAGAGUCAACGGUCGUAACAAUGUGAUAUUAGUGUCUAUUACCCGAUAUCAGGACGUUAAAUAUUCAGUACAAAUUGAAGUGUUAUCAUUUAGUUUUGAUAUCUGAAUGAAAUGUAUUAGAAAAUAUUAGAAGAAAAAAACAAACUAAAGAGCUGACAUCAAAUUAUAUUUUAACAUAGUUUUUAAAAGUUGUUUUGUUAAAGGAUUUUUUUCUUUUCCAUUCAUUCCCAUUGUACAAAGUAUAUGAAGUGUAUGAAUCACUGUCCCCAUCUCUCCCCCUACCUCCCUCUCCAGUCCAAUUGUUGGCCAUUACAUCAUCGUACGUGUUCGACCUAAUUUUCCAAUUACAGAGUACUAAUUUCCAAGUUUUUUUUUUUUUUUUUUAAAUUCUAUGAUUCCAGUUACUUUGAAAUAAUUGCAAUUGCUUUUUUCCCAAGUUACAUUUAAUUGAUAAUUUGCAAGAUAUAUGGAAAUAAUUGCUUAUUUCCAAGAACUAUGUAAAUGUUUGUUAAUUUCCAAAGUCAUGAAAUAUUUGCUAAUUUUCAAAAAUAAUACGGAAAUUAUUUCCAAUUUCAUAGUUCCGUUCCAGUUAAGUAAUGAUUACUUUUAUGAGAUAUAUUCCCAGUUUCAUUAUGUCAGUUUCUUAUUUCCCAGUUUCAUCAAAAUAAUUAUAUAUUAUUGCUAAUCUCCAAAAAAUGUUGAAAUUAUAAUUGAUUUUUAUAAUUUCCCUGGUGCAAGGAAAUAAUUGCUAAUUUCAUAGUUAUAUUUGAAACUUUCCUAUAUUUCCAGUUACAUUGGAAUGAUUGCUUUCAGGUCAUUGGCGCUUUAAAAGCAAGAAAAUAGGUGUUGCAAGUUAUGUUUUUUUUGUUUUGUUUCUUUUUUAUCUUCUGUCAAGUGAUUGUUUUGGAAGGGGGUGGAAGGUAUUAUUGUUUGUCUUUUUUUCUCUCUGAGGCUCCAGAAUUAUUUUAAUAAAAACCCUUAGCUGUCGUAUCCAUGCAGUCUCAACAGGCUGUUGGUAGCUGAAUUUUUGUAUUUGAAAAAAAUCUUUAAAUAGACUGUUCCAAAAUCCAAAUUCAAAGAAUUGCAAUUUUUUUUUCACAAAUUCAGCAGGUACAUGUAUAUGGGUUCAAAAGACAGGCCCAUGACCUAAAUCUUACUGUAAGUAAAAUAUUUAAAAAGUUGGCCUGUAGAUUUUUUGUCCAAGCAUCUGCGGAUAAUACAAGUAAUUAGAAAUAUGUACAGUUAACUUCAGCUCUUUUUGAUUUAAUAUCUAAAAUUUGUUACAUUUUGUUUAAAAAAAAACAACAACAACAAUGAAAUAUGUUUAUAUAUAUCAGCACUUAGAUUUAUGAAUACUUCUUUAUAGAAUUGUUCUAGAUAGAAAUCUUUGAAAUUUUAAAAGAAAAUGUAUCUGUACAGCGUAAACAAGAGCACUGUUUUUUUGUUUUUGCACUUAUUUUUUUGAAAAAAUAUAUAUUGUUUAGUUAUUUUCUUUCAGUUUAAGCCUGCUUAAAGCAGAGUCAGUUAUGUGUUAAAACACUGUUAUUUUAUAUUAUUUUUAAGACAUUUUGGUGUUUAUUUAGUUCUCAUGAAUGUCUGUUGUUGUUGUUAAUGUCAUGCAUUACAUUACAUUACAAUCAUUUCUCAUGCAUAUUCAUGAGGUAAAGUACUGACGCAGUUAGGUAAAGUGGUACAUGCAUACCGGUAUCCAUGUUUCAGAAAGUAAAAAAAAAAAAAUAGAAAUAGAAAUGUGACAUAUCAUUGACAUCAUAGAUUUUAAUUUUUAAUUGAUAACAGCUAUAAGGUAUGAUAUUUUUACUAAAGUUUGUAUUAUUAUUUAUAUUAAAUCAGCCAAAAUGUGUAAAAAGACAUAGAAAUACACUUGAUAUACUCCUGGCAACAAAAAUGAAUUAUAUAAUGGCAAAAGUGAUGGCAUUUUUACCAAUGACAUCCAUGAGUAAUAUAUUGCCAUUUGUAAAUUUAUGACGUCAUUUGUUCCUAUGGAAACAAAGAUGACUUCAUCCAUACAUAAAGAGACCUGGCUGUAUACAUGUAUGAUACUCUUAUAUUUCUAGUAUAGUACAUUCUGACAUCAUUUUUUGUAAGAAAAGCAACACCUAUGACAUCAUAAAUCUCCAUAGCAACUUUGUAUGACAUCAUCGAUUUCCAUGGAAAUGCAUCAUUAUUGUUCUCAUUGUUACUGGUAUUUGAGUGAUUUAUACCAUUUUUACCCAUAUAGUGAUAUAUUAUAUUGUAUUAAAGUUUAUUUGUAUAGAUGGGUUGAUGAUAUUUAUUUACCAAGCUUCUUUCUUCAAGUGUUAGAAAUUUCUCAGAUUUCUAUAGGUACGUUUUUAUUUUAUUUGUUUACUAUGUAUGAAAAUUUAUAGGAAGUUUUGAAAUGAAUUCUAAGGUUUGUAUUACAAUACUGUAUGAGGUGAGAAUUGUCUCAGUGUAGAUUGAAAAUUUGCUUUUGAGGUAAUGUCUAAAAUGGGAUUAUCUGACAUUGUGGCUCUGAAAUUUGGGGUUAUAUUUUCAAGUUAGUGACAUGGAUGCUUUUUGUUUUUAAAACAAAUCUAACCCUCAUUGAAUCAGUAUAAAUUAUAAUUAACCUGUUCUGGUUUGAAGUUGAAAUGGUUUAUUGUUAGUGCAAAGAGAUUUAAGUAGCAAACUCAUAAAAAUUAAUCAGUUGACAGGAUAGAUUCUUGUCAAGACCAGGUGAAUUUUGUAAAUUUGUAGGCUAGCCUGUUUCUAUAUUGGCGGCAUAGGAAAAGUCAUUGCUGCUGUUGCUAGCUGUCAAGAAAGUUACUGUCACCCUUUACCUGCUAGAACUUAAAUGAUUUACCUUUGUCACUAGUAUAGAGCCAGGCCAGCCUUCAUUUUUGUGCAAUCUGACCAAGUUCUAUCCAUUCAAUUUUUGUAUUUUCACUUCUUUGUGAUUGAAAUCCCGUAGAAUUUGAAUGGAUUGUUCCAUGUUUCAAAGCUGGGCAAAUCCAUUUCAUAAAUUUAGAAGGUUUAGGAAUAGGUUUGAAUUUUACCAAGAGAAAAAUAUGUGGUUAAUACCAGUGGGGCGAUUCUUACCUCAUGUGAUUUCUUGCAAACUUUGAUUUUUUUUGAUUUUUUUUUCAAAAUAGAUUGCCUAUUGACAGAUUAUUGUUAUGAUGAUAUUGACUUGUUUUGGUGAUAAAUUUAUAUAUAAUAUAUGGACACUCCUAGCAUUAGAAACUUCACUUUUAAAUUAAUAUAGAAAUAUUUUACGUAGAAAUUUUGUAUUUAAGACAUGUUUUAUUGCUGAUUAGAAGACUUCUGUAUUUAGAAUCUCAAUUGAUGAUUUAAACAUACUGAUCUCAUAGCAUUAUAAAUAUGAUAUUUUUUCAUUCUGUAUUUUCAUUAAAGGGGCAUGCUUUUUUCUGUUUAUAUUGUACAUGUAGUACACAAUGAUGACAAUAUUUGAGAGAAAGAAAAUAUUAUGCACAAUUUAGAACUUUUUAAAAUUUGAAAACUAGUUUUAACCAGUAAAUGAAUGGUUACCUUAAAAAUGUACAAGGACAUUUAUCUGAUAUUAUUUUUUUAUCAGUGAACAAAAAACAGCUGGGUAUGUCCCUUUAACUGGUACAGCUAAUGCUUUAGGUAUGAUAUUUUUACUGUAUUUGAAAGAUUUGCUGAAGUAGUUUACCCUAGAUUGAUGAAGAAAAUUGGUGUAAGCUUUAAAUAAACAUCCUUUUAUAUUUUAAGUAUGCAUUAAAAUGCAAGAUUUAGAAUUAAUAUAUACAUGUUAUUUGCCAAAAUGUUAAUUGUACUAUAUCAGAUAGUUGUUUUAUAUCUUAAUAGUUGCAUGUGAAUGACAUCAUAUUGAUUAUAAUCAAUUAAUUUAUUGAUUAAUUAAUUAAAUUGAUUAAUUUGAUUUAAUUAGUUGAUAAGUUAUAGUUAAACUUCAACUACAGAAAGUCCAUACAUUUUCCUGGCAUAAGACUUCAUGACAAUGAGGAAGGAAAUGAGACAUGAAUAUUUGUAAAGAAUUUUUAUAAUAUUGGAAAUUUCUUCCUUUUUUUAGUGGCAAUUUUUUAUCUUAGAUUUAUAUUAAAAUGAAAUCAACAAUGAAAAUUGUCCCUCAUAAUAGUUAAUGAAUUACUGUUAUCUAAUACUGUCAUUUAUUUCGAGAUCUAAAAUUGGGAUACAGUUCAACCUGUACAAAGCAACACCCUUUUAAAGACAAAUAUUUUGGUUGUUGCUUGGGGAAUUUGCUUUAGAGAGGUUAAAUUUAAAGCAAAUUCUUACUUUGGGAAAGCAAUUAUUAUACUAUUGUUGUAAAGAAGUUGUUGGUUUAUAGAGGGUCACUCUGUAGAUGUUGCACCGUACAAAUUUUGGAUUUUUAAAUUUAUUGAUGGUUUUUAGGUGAUUUUUCAAUAUACUAACUUCAUCAUGAUGUGAUUCUUAAAGGUUGUGCAAGAAAUUCAACUUAAAGGUAGCUUUUCAAUUUUGAUACAAAAAAUGUGGUUUAUAAUAUUCUAUUUAUAUCCCAUUUUCAUGGAUUGUUAAGGAAAAAAAUUAGAUUUUAUUGCAUUGUUUUUGUCAACUUUAAAAGUUGAAAUGUUUCUUCUUUAUAUAUUGAGACGUAUACAUAGAUUUUGGUUGUGAAAAUUAUGUAAAGUUUUAAGGUGAUUUAACAGAAUGGUUCAUAUCUUUCUUUUUGCUUUAACUUUUCCUUAGAUUUUAUCUUUUAUAGAUUUGUAUUUAUUGAAAUGUACAUACAUCAGGAAAAAAAAAACAAUAUUGUAAUAAUUAAGAAAUUAAAAAAAAGUGUACUGCUUUUCAAAAAUUGAAAAUCUACCUUUACAGUUUGUUGUUUUCUUGGAUAUGAAUGUUGUGUUUUUGUUCUGAAGUUAGAUUUGUACAGAAAGAAGUUUUUGCAAAAUGCUCAAGGUUUUACUUUAGAUUUUUGCAGUCAGUAAAAUGCAUGUUAUUUUAUAUGAUUGGUGAUGAUAGCUAAUAAAGAGUAGUACCAGUAUUUUAACUGGUACCCACGAAUUGUUGUGGUACACGUUUUUUAAACAGAUAAUGUAAAUACUUGUUUUGUAUUUCUCUAUAGUUUAUUCUCUAAAGUUUUUUUCUAUUGUGAUUAAGAAAACUUAAAAAAUUGUGAAACAUUGCCUUUCUUCUCAAUUUUGACAAUAAUAAAGGGAGAUAAUAAAAAAAUUUGACAGAUAUAGAAAUUUUGCAUUAAUUACUUCCCUUUUUGGAAAGUAUUAAUAAUGUUUUGGUGACAAAUGAAAAGCGGUUUUUGAGAAAAUUUUCGUCGUGAAUGAUUUUUGAAAAUAUUAUUUGGAUUUAAAAAGCAUGUUUGAUAUGUAGUGAAAACUCCUUUAAAAUAUUUUUAACUUGAUUCUUUUUUAAAAUGUGAAUAUUGAUGGUUACACACUUGUUUGUAUUGUAAGAGGGAUAUUUAGAGAAACAACAUCAAAAUAUUUUUUGUGAGAAUCAUUUAUAUAAUUAUGAUGGACAACAAAAUCAAAAGUUUAUAGUCUUUGUUUUUUGUAGGUGUGCCUGAAUUUCAUUUAGAAAUUUAAAAAAGUAACAAGUCAGUACCAUUUGUAUACAUGUAGAUUGAUGUUCAUUUAUAUAGGCAGAAAAAUGUUUCAAAUUCUAUUUAUUUUGUAAAAUGGAGUCAGACGACACUCUGAAAUGACGACAUUUAUAUACGGGCAUUAGACCUCAUAAUACCAACGUAUUUGGCUAUUUUUGACAUGUAUAUAAGUUUGUGAAUAAUUCCAUCUUUCAAGAUUACAUUAUGAGUUAUAUGAUAAUGAUUUUUAUUAUCCUUUUAGAAAAUUGUUUAGAGGAAACGCAUCCCUCACACAAAUUUCUUGGAAUAUUUGCCUAAACUUCCUGUUGAAAUGCAUCAUGGGAGAGGAGAGUCUAUAUUUAGAAAUACAUUAUUUCCCCCCAGUUCAUCUUUAUAUGAGCAUAAUUCUACAAGUUUAUAUAACAGUAUGAGAAGAGAAGAUUAUUAUUGUAUUAUAUUAUGUAUUUCAACAUUUUUCAAGGAUUGUUAAACAGAGAUGUGCAAUAAAACAUAUUCCCCAGA